AUGAGGGUGUUGUCGUGGGAACAGUGUAGGGAGACGGGCGUGGUACUUCUUGGCUUUCUGACGCUGGCAGUGUCAGUGGGGAUCCCGUCCACCAGGAUGCUGCAGGAUGAUGGCGUGGUGUCCAACAGUCUGGAGGACGAGCUGGAGGUAACCACGUAUUGGUGGGGGGAGUGGGCUAAGUGGACAGCCUGCACUCGUGCCUGUGGAGGGGGAGUGAUGUCACAGGAGAGACACUGCCUCAAACAGAGAAAGAAAGUUGCUGCUGGGAAAGACAACAUGACCUGUACAGGAACCGCAAAGAAAUAUCACCUCUGCAACACUGAUGAAUGUCCUGCCACUGGGAGGAGCUUCAGAGAGGAGCAGUGCUGGUCCUUCAACUCGCAGCUUUACAAUGGGAAAAACUACCAAUGGAAACCCCUGUAUCCUGACGACUACGUUCACAUCUCCAGUAACCCCUGUGACCUCCACUGCACCACGGCCGACGGCCAGAGGCAGCUGAUGGAGACGGCACGAGACGGCACGUCCUGCAAGUACAGCAGUUACCGCGGCGUCUGCGUGGACGGUAAGUGUGAGCCAAUCGGAUGUGACGGAGUACUGUUCUCCUCCAAGACCUUGGAUAAGUGUGGUGUCUGUCAAGGGGAUGGCAGCAGCUGCAGCAGAGUCAACGGAAACUUCCGCCGUGGGGCCACGACUCUCGGUUACUCGUUUAUCACUCAAAUCCCUGAAGGAUCCUGGGACAUCCAGAUCAUUGAAAGGAAGAAGUCGGCCGAUGUUCUCGCUGUGACUGACCAGGCCGGUAACUUCUUCUUUAAUGGAGCCUACAAGGUAGACAGUCCCCAGAACUUCCAUGCAGCAGGCGCCGUCUUUAAAUACCGCCGGCCUAUGGAUGUGUACGAAACCGGAAUCGAAUACAUCGUCGCCAAAGGCCCCAUCGACCAGGCCAUCAAUAUUCUGGUGUGGAAUCAGAAUGGCCGCACACCGUACAUUACAUACGAAUACACCGUCCUCCGAAACUCCCUGCCCCCCGUCCCGCCUCCUCCCGUCUACACCGGAUCAGACACUUCCGCCGGAGAGGUUUCUGUGGAGACGGGGGGUCUGCUGUCCCCUAACACCAGUAAUUAUGAUCAAGCGGCCCCUGAAAGCCAAUUGGAGCCAGGAGGUGCCGACGGGCAGAAGGGCCAAGAGACCAACGAGGUGUAUGAGGAGACAGCAUCCAUUGACUGCGACCAGGAUGGAGCAGCUGGCCCAAAACUGACAGAAGGAAACAGCAGUCACACAGGUGGCACUGCCAAACCUGCACCUGCUGGUGGGCCUCUGGACACGGGGACAGACUCCCCAAACCUCAUCUGGAGGGUGCUGCUGGACGGCCGGAUUGGCCCUGAUGAGCUACUCAUCAACAUCUCAACCAAUCAGCUGCUGACGGAGGGAGACAGUUUGUUCUCGUCAGAGGUGGGACCAGCGGAGGAGGACCUGAUAAGCCUGGGGCAUGAUGGCCCGUUUGGUGUCAACGAGACACUGGAGUUUACUCUGGGUCGCAAACGCAAUGAGAGCGUAGACAGUUCCUUCGAGAACAAAACAGUGCAGAGUAAUGGGAGGACCUCCAGCCGCUCCAACAGAACGAGGGGGAAUCAAAGGAUCUUCCAGAAGAACCUGAAGCUGAGUGCAGCUGAUAUGUACCGCUGGAAGCUCUCCUCUCAGGAGCCCUGCAGCAUGACCUGUUCUAUAGGAGUGUCAACAUCCUUCGUCACAUGUAUCCGCUAUGAUGGCAUUGAGGUGCACGACAUGUACUGUGACGCUUUGACUAAACCGGAGCCGGUCCACGACUUCUGUAUUGGGAGGGAAUGUCCGCCCAGAUGGGAGGCGAGCAGCUGGAGCGAGUGCUCGAGGACUUGCGGGGAGGGUUUCCAGUUUCGCCAGGUUCGCUGUUGGAAGAUGCUCUCGCCGGGCCUGGACAGCUCGGUCUACAGCGACCUCUGCACCAUGGCCGACCUGGAGAGACCUGUAGAGAGACGGCCCUGCAAGAGCCCCGCCUGUGGGCCACAGUGGGAGGUGGCCGAGUGGACAGAGUGCCUUGCUAAAUGUGGCCGCAAAGCUCAGGUGACCCGUGAUGUCCGCUGCUCUGAUGAGACCCGACCAUGUGACCUGAUGACCAAACCACCAAACAUCAAAAACUGUACCGGGCCGCCCUGCGAGCGCCACUGGACCAUGUCAGAGUGGGGGCCUUGCUCGGGGUCGUGUGGCCAGGGGAAGACGGUGCGUCACGUGUACUGUAAGGCUCCGGAGGGUCGCGUGGUUCCUGAGAACCAGUGCUCUGCGGAGGACAAGCCGCUGGCCAUCCAUCCCUGUGGGGAGAGAGACUGUGCUCCACACUGGCUGAGCCAAGACUGGGAGAGGUGUAACACAACCUGCGGUCGUGGCGUGAAGCGAAGACUUGUCCUGUGCGUCGGCAUCAGUGGUGGAAAGUUCCAGACCUUUGAUGAUGAGGCGUGUGGGGGAAGCGAGAAGCCCGAAGAGGAAAACACCUGCUUUGAGAGGCCGUGCUUCAAAUGGUACACCACCCCCUGGUCUGAGUGCACUAAGACAUGUGGUGUGGGUGUGAGGAUGAGGGACGUCAAGUGUUACCAGGGCAGGGAGCUGGUCCGCGGCUGUGACCCCCUCACCAAACCUGUGGCCAAACAGACCUGCACUCUGCAGCCCUGCCCCACUGAGCCCCCAGAUGAAAGCUGCCAGGAUCGUCCCUCCACCAACUGCCUGCUGGCGCUGAAGGUCAACCUGUGCAGCCACUGGUACUACAGCAAGGCCUGCUGCCACUCCUGCCGGGCCCUACGACCUCCAACCUCCUAGUCCAGGACACCACCACCUUGCUCCAACCCCACUCCAAAUCCAGCACAAGGAAUGGAAUGGAAACAAUUGUAAGGACACUUCAGUUACUGUGGACAAUGAGAAAAAGCUGGAAGUCCAGAUAUUCUGCAAAAAUGUAUUUAAAAUCCCCGUUAUUAUGAACUCAAAGAACAGACAGUUAAUG